AUGCAACCAAAAAUUGUGAUCCCUGGAGGGUGCACAAAGUAUUUGCAACCACUUGACGCACUGGUAAUUGCAAAUUUCAAAUCAAAAACAACAGAUUUCAGAAUCAAAUUCCAAACAGAGCAGAUUGAAAGAAGAUCGAAAAGAACUGGAAACCUCAAAGCUCUUGAUCGCCAGCAACUGAUAAACAUUGCUUCAAAGGCGUGAGAUGCUGCUGUAAGCCCUCAACUUGUCAGAAAAUCAUUUGAGUUGACGGGUUCUUAUGGCGUUAAUCAUCCAAAGAUUUUCAGCCAUCAAGUUAAUAUGAAGAAGUUAAUUAUCUAA